AUGCACAUCAAAGACAUGCUCUCGGAGGCCGAAAGGUCGGGCAACCCCUCUUUCUCUUUCGAAUUUUUCCCACCAAAAACUGCUCAAGGUGUACAAAAUCUUUACGAUCGUAUGGACCGCAUGCAUGGGUUAGGACCUAGUUUCAUUGAUAUUACCUGGGGUGCAGGUGGCCGUCUCGCUCAGUUGACCUGUGAGAUGGUAGGAGUGGCUCAAUCGCAAUAUGGAUUAGAAACUUGCAUGCAUUUAACUUGUACCGACAUGGGAAAAGAGAAGGUCGAUGAAGCUCUCAGAAAUGCCUACAAAGCUGGGUGCACGAACAUUCUUGCUCUCAGAGGAGAUCCGCCAAGAGAAAAGGAGAAGUGGGAGGCAACUGAAGGAGGAUUCCAAUAUGCGAAAGAUCUUGUUCACCAUAUUCGUCAAACAUAUGGCAAUCAUUUUGACAUUGGAGUUGCUGGAUAUCCUGAGGGUUGCGAUGACCAGGAUGAUGAAGAUCUGUUAUUGGAUCAUUUGAAGGAGAAAGUUGAUGCGGGUGCCACUUUUAUUGUCACACAAAUGUUCUAUGAUGUCGACAAUUUCAUCGAUUGGUUGGGAAAAGUCAAAGCAAGAGGUGUCAACGUUCCUGUCAUCCCAGGAAUUAUGCCCAUUAACACAUACGCAAGUUUCCUUCGAAGAUGUAACCAUAUGGGUUGCAAGAUCCCACCAAAGUGGAGUGCAGCUCUCGAAGAGGUCAAGAAUGAUGAUGCCGCUGUGCGAAACAUAGGAAAAGAUCUAGUUGCUGAGAUGUGUCGUCGAAUUCUUGAAGCUGGAGUACAUCAUCUACAUUUCUACACCAUGAAUUUAGCUCAGGCAACUCGUAUGGUGCUCGACGAACUUCGUUUGACUCCAUCAAACCAACGUCCAUUGAAGCAUGCACUUCCAUGGAGACAAUCUCUUGGCCUUGGUCGUAGAGAGGAAGACGUCCGUCCAAUUUUCUGGAAAAACCGAAACAAGUCUUAUGUAGCUAGAACCCAGGACUGGGAUGAAUUCCCCAACGGUAGAUGGGGAGACUCGAGAUCUCCUGCUUUCGGUGAAUUGGAUGCUUAUGGAAUCGGGUUGAAGGGCAGCAAUGAACAGAACAUUAAGCUCUGGGGUCAACCUAAGUCUAUUAAAGACAUCGCGGAACUCUUCGUCAGUUACCUUGAAAACAGCAUAGAAAGUCUUCCUUGGAGUGAAGCUCCAAUCUCAAGCGAAGCAGAUACCAUUAAGUCUGAUUUGAUUGAGCUCAAUCGACGUGGAUUUCUUACCAUAAACUCUCAGCCUGCUGUUGAUGGUGUCAAGUCAUCUGAUCCUGUUUAUGGUUGGGGACCUACCAAUGGUUAUGUCUACCAGAAAGCUUAUUUGGAACUUUUGGUCGCUCCUGAUAUGAUGCCAGAGUUAGUGCGUCGUAUUCAGCACGAACCCGAUCUGACUUACUAUGCUGUCAAGAAGACCGGAGAUGUGCAAACAAACGCACAAAGUGAUGGACCAAAUGCUGUCACUUGGGGAGUAUUCCCUGGUAAGGAGAUUGUUCAACCUACUAUUGUCGAGACUAUUAGUUUCUUGGCAUGGAAAGAUGAGGCAUUCCGUCUGGGAACAGACUGGGCUCAUUGCCAUUCUGCACUUAGCCCAAGUCGUGGACUCAUUGAAUCCAUUAUGGAUUCAUGGUAUCUUGUCAAUAUUGUUCAUAACGACUUCCAUAAGUCACAUGGGCUCUUCCCACUUUUCGAUGGGCUCACUGUAAAGAAUCUCAACGAAUCUUUCGAAACCUCCGAGAAUGGUGACGUUGAUGGUGUACGAUUUAUCGAACCCCAAACCGUCCCACUGACAAACGGAGAGGCCAAUGGCCAUUAA